AUGGCAUCACUCAUCCUCCCUCUGCACAUACACCCCACCCUCCACACGCACAAAUGCACACACGAUGCCGACUUCUCUUCGCGGAUUCUUGUCCUCUUUCAACCUCAUCUGUUGGCGAGCCGGCGAUUUGGGUCAGAUCAGCAAAACUUGGCAGGUGCAAGCUGCUGGUAUCUCGGCUGUCCGCAGCGCGUUGCUGGCCUGUUUCACGAGGGCUGCCACGGCCCCAGUGAGACUGUUCGCCUAACAACCCUAAGGUCACAGAUUCGAGCCCGCGACUCUGCUGCCAGGCUGUGUCUGCUCUCCACGACCGGACUACAAGCGGCCUGGCGUCAAGGUGUCAGGCCACUUGUCGCCUGGCCAGUGUUGUGUGCGUUGGUCGGCAUCGGGUAUCUCUGUUGGACCGCCAAGACUGGGUUUCACCCGGGUCAGCCAGGCGGGGUUCGGACGACUCGUCUGCAUAGUGUGCUGAGCCGUGUCCCGUGGCGACAAGGCUGGCAACACCUUCACCUGCCGUAG